AUGGUUUUAGGGUUCUUUAAAUCACAUGUGGAUAACAAGUAUCCAACUACACCUUUGAAAUUUACGGGGAAAGACUCAGGGGAGGCUACACUUGAGGAUAUUAUUUCACAUAAAGUUCCGGAGUUGUAUAAGGGUGCAUCGUUUUGGUAUAAUCCGUUAUUACCGUCCGGAGACUUCCAGACGGCCUAUACCGGGUUGAGUAAGUUUGAGAGCGUUGAUAAGGUUUGCUACAAGAGACGGAUUUUGAAUAUUGAGCUGGAGGACAAGACAUACGAGGUGGAGGGAGAAAAGUUGAAGUACGAUGAUUGGGAAGGUAGAAGCACGAUUGCUAUUGAUUACGUUGUUCCUCCAGGAAGGGAAGACCCCAAUCACGAGAAGUACAGGCCGGUGAGUCAGACCAAACAUCUACCACCCAGAACUGAGUAUUUGAAUCCGGAACACGAACUUGAACUCUUGAGCGACGAUUCGAAGCCAUUAGUGAUUGCAUUGCACGGAUUGUCGGGCGGUUCGUACGAGUCGUACAUCAGGGCAUUCUUGAGUAAGGUUACGGAUAAACCAUACGAUUUUGAUGCAUUGGUGUUGAAUUCAAGAGGAUGUGCCAACCACACCAUUACAUCCCCCCAGUUGUUUUGCGGGUUGUGGACAAACGACUUGCGGUACUUGAUUAACGAGCACAUUAGACCCAACUGGCCUAAUAAGCGGAUCUAUCUUAUAGGGUUCUCGUUAGGAGGAGCUAUUUGCGCUAAUUACUUAGGGCAAGAGGCCGAUAACACAUAUCACAACAUCAAGGGUGGUGCCAUCAUGGGUUGUCCAUGGGAUUUUCCCGAUUCAUGUAUUCAGUUACAAUCUAGUUUGCUUGGGAGCCAUAUUUACUCGCCUAAGAUGUGUAACAAUUUGGUGGACUUGUUGAAUGAACACUACGAAGGUCAUUUGCGUAGCAAUCCGUUAGUCGAAGCUUAUAAGAAAAAUCCAGAAAACUUCAAAUUGGGUACGUUAAAGGCCUUUGACGAAAAUUUUACGUCGAAGCUUUUUGGUUUCAAUUGUGCAGACGAGUAUUACAGACAUGCAUCCCCUAUCCAGAGAUUGUUAAAAGUUAGAGUUCCUCUUGUCAUUGUAAAUUCCAUUGACGACCCAAUUAUUGGAUACAGAACGCUUCCCUUCAGCGAAGUUAGGCUAAAUCCAUUCACGGCUCUUGUGACUACUACUACUGGAGGACAUCUUGGAUGGUUUGAUUAUAAAGGAAACAGAUGGUACGCGGAUCCUAUUUCUAGAUUAUUCAAAGAAUUGGAUGACAAUUGGUCAUUUAAUAAGAAAAGUGUAGACGAAAAAGAUUUACCAUUCGAUACUACAAAGCUCUGGAAGUAUGAUAGAAUAAUUAUGUAA